CAUGGCCGAACAGAAUAUAUUCACUUGCAGUGGUAAACAGUGUGUUUUAUUAUGAGCAAACAAUAUUUUUAUAACCUGUAAGCACUAAUGGAAAAUGGAUGAAGUUGUAGCCAUAGAAGGGGAAUUAAAUGCUAUUGUUAAAGAGGUAGGCAUGAAAUGGAUUACUUCAUGACCAAUUUCAACUCUAAUUCGGUAUUGUGUAUGCCUAACCUUGUUUCCUUAGCAAUAUGAAGAAACGAAGGAAGGAGUCAUGGAUGACAACAGACGUACCCUCCUCUUACAAUUUAUAUAAACAUGUGAACAGUAAGCUCGGACGUCAGCAUAGAAAGGCGGCAAUGGCAGCCGCUGUCGGUCCAUUUUUUUAUGAGCUUACUGUACAGCCUAUCCAACCCGUGACUGAUGUCACUGAUAUGUGAAGGUUGGCCACAGCACCGGGGUCUACAUCCUCUACUCUUUUCGAACAGUGGUUUGGGUUCUUUUUUCUCCCACAAGAACUAGAUAAGUGAAGUGCUGUUUUUCGACCUUAUUAGAGAAGACUAGAAAGUCUAACCAUUUCCAGAUGUCAUCACAAAGGCAGAACUUUCUUCUCAGUUAUUUGAAGACCCUGAGUGUUGAUCUGGCCGAGGUUCGAACCCGUGACAUCCUGCUGAGCAGAGCGGCGCACUCCCAACUGAGCUAAGGGGCGGUGGUAUUAAGAUAUUAGGCUUGAUUGCAUUAAUCAAAUUGUGUGGAUAUACCUUUGGAAUGGUAAUGCAUCAGUCAGUUCCACCUGUGCCCAGCCCCUCCCCCCUCCAGGCUACUGCAGGGCAUUUGCCCGCCUUGUCAGUCCCAGGGGUGGGACAUUUGCAAAUUUUGCACUGCCCGGGGCCAUUCCCAAGUUUGACACUCAAACAGUUUCCUAUCAGAAUAUAACUAUCCACAGAGGGUUUUACUGAAAAAAAAGCAGAUUGGCUCGUCUGUCAAGGACAGGAAUAAAUUGAAGAGGGUUGUAAAGGCAUGUCCUCAAUUUUAUGCCUGCAUUUCUUCAUUGCUUAUCAAGCCAAAAUUACGUAGCGAAAUUGGAGCUAUCAAUGUUAUUGAAUCAAAUUUCUGUUGAUAUUAUUUGAAGAACAUCCUUUCAUAUUUAUAAAACUAUUCAUAACAUAUAACUUUACAGCACUCUAGUAAUUUUAAUGUCAAUAAUUUAAUAUCAGUACUAAAACCAUCAACUGGUUCAUGUCAUUGUUAGAAUCGUUAGAAUCCUAGCACCAUUACAAAGGAAGACAUUAAUUGAAACAAAAAAUUGCAUAUUAAAAGGCUUAAAAUGGCACUAUUUGACUGUGCGAUCGAUGAAAAAUGUUGCAGUGUUGACGGAAGAUGGGGCAUUUGCCCUCUUUUUUCGUCCCCACCCCGGGGAUUUGCCAUCCAAGGCAAAAGAAAUGCCAAUGCCUGGGGGUCACCCAGGGGGGGAGGGGGGUGUUGGGUGCAGGUGGAAUUGACUGAUGCAUAAACUGUAUACAUAUUUUUUACUCCAAAUUCUUAGUAUCUGGAUUUUCUUGGCUACUCAAGAACAUCAUCAACGUUUGAGGGAGAGUUAGGAUCACUAGGAAAGCAACUGAAAAAUGAGACAACUUCACCCAGGAAUGACUCCCAGAAAAAUGAUAUUCAGGUACAGAUUAGGGACUGUACAUUAUUUAUAGCUUAGGAGGGGAGGGGGGAUUUUUAAACCAACUCAAGCAUUUUAGAAAUGUAGCCCUCCCUAAAGUGUCUUUAUUCGAAACUUACCCCUCUCGUAUAUGCAACAAACCACAAUUCCCUCCCCCCGCCAAAAAGAAGAACACAUGCAAGGAACAGCUAUUUGUUACAAGGUUUAUAUUCCUGUAAAAGUAGCAGUUAAGCUAGUCCUAUAGAAAAAAAAAUUCUGCUAGAGUAAAUAUUAUCAAGGUAAUUAAUAAAAUUGUGAUGUUUUGAAAUAGAAUACCACUUGCCAAUAAACCACAGUUGAGUGUAAUGCUAUCCAUUUUCCUCUGUAUACAAGUAGGAUACAUUAUUUUGCAGAGCCGGUAGAUUUUAUAGCCUGCGCGCAGACGAAAUUAAACUCUGAUUAACUCCGUCUGCGUAACAGCGCCAAAAUCCUCAUUCUGGACUUCCAGCUGUGUACCCAGAUUGGAGUACGCGCCACGAUUGGCCAGUUAAAAAAGGCCUUUGUUUUGUUUGUCGUGAUCGCUAAUCAGGUUGAAGGGAAAUUCAAAACGCACUUCCGGUAAUUCGUUGAGUCCGUUGGGGGUUCAGAACAAGGAUCUCUGCGCUGCUUCGCAGACGGUACUAAUCAGAGUUUAGUUAUCGUCUGCACGCAGGCUAGUAGGCUUAAUGUGGGUCCAGAGAAGGUCAGAUUUGAGGGAGAAACCAAUGAAAGCUGGAAAGCUGAUUGUAAAGGCUAUAUGUGUACACACUGUUAUUGGAACACAGAAACUUAGAGCCUGAGUUACUGACAUGUACUGAGUUCUGUAGUAAAUACCAAAUUGUAAGUAAGGUCCUUUCUUUUCCUCUUUCAUUGCAGCAGAGAAUGGUGGGGGCCUUUGAGAGUGGAAGAUGUACUGAAUUCUUCAGAAUGUGGAACCAAUAUGUGCCAGAUGAUUUUCAAGAAAAUGAUCAGAUAUGUCAGAAAUUACAUUUCAACAUCAACAUUUACUUUGCAAUCUACCCUAUUACGCAUGGUAACCAGGUACUCCGUCAAUUAUAAUGAUGUUGCUAGUUCUAUGUAGUGUAAGAAAAAGUGCCGGCCCCCUUUGAUAGUAGCAGUAACAAUAGAAGUAAUAACAUGUUUUGUGUUGCGCUUCACAUUUUUGUUUGGUUUGGAAAUUUUCAAAACAGUUUGAUUUGUGUUUUUGUUGUGUCAGUCAUUAUCAUUAUUAUGUUUUGAGUAUAAAGAAAUGAAUAAUACAGAAACAGAGAUCAAAUUUAUAGGAGUCUAUAAUAUAGGUGGCGGUUUUGUUUGAGAAGUGCAAAAAUGAGCUGCAAGCCACAAAAAGGGGCCCAUUUAAUUAAAUAUAAUUUUUAAAAAAAUUCCCGGUUUCUGCCUCAUUGUCCACAUCCUUGCACCUUCGCUUUUUAUUUGCACACUCAAUAAACAAAACCCCCAGCUGCUAUAUUGCAGGCUUAAUACGAAAAGUAACAAAAAUAAUAAUUUGAAGUGGUGUCAGUUUAACUAAAAUACAAAUGACAAUUCAGUGAACUUGUUUAUUGUGAUUCUUCUUACUUCUUUUUUCUUUUUCUCUUGUGAAUUUCUUAGGACAGGCAAGAACUGGAAAGGUCAAUGCGAGUUUUCAAGGGUUACCUUGAAACUAAAGGAUCUGCAUUAAGCCAAACAACAGAGUUCCUUCCUUACUAUGCACUGCCAUAUAUUCCAGAUCCUACAUCUCAUCCAUCUUUCAAACCCCUCUUUGUGGUAAGUCAUCAGUCAGUGCUUAGCAGGGUUUUUUGAUAGAAUUACACAUAGGUGUUAGCAGAUGUAGAAUGGUGUAGAUCCUAGAGCCUGUUAUUUUGCCAUUAAUCCAGACUUUCAUGGUGUUCAACUUAAAGACAAAAAAAUGAUUUUAUAUUCUACCCUACUCUAUCCUACCCUCUUACAGAUUAUGUAUACUAAUAUUAAAAUAGACACUGAUGCACCUUUAUUUUUGGUAUUAGUAGUAUGUCAGGCAUUUUAGUAGAAAAGGUGUUCAAGAGAAGAGCAGAAUGCUUGCAAGGAUCUAGUUUUGUGUGUUUUAAGUUCUGUUAUUUUAAUUCAUGUUCAACUUGCUAUGUACAGAGCUCGUGGAGUUUUGAUCUCAAGAACAAAGUACAAGAUUUUCUAGCUUCUACCCUUAAAUCCCAAGAAAAGCCGAAGCUGUUUACUUUGUACAGAGAAAAUGUAACAGAAAUAGAGAGAGAAAGGAAACUAUACAGUGAACAGCUAAAGAAAUUGCAAACUCAACUCACCAGAAGAGAGCAACGAUCAUCACAGUAUCAGAAGAGAUAUUCUAAGAUACAGGUACUGCAUCCUUCUUUAAUAGAGAAGAUAACUGACUGGCCUAAGCCACCCCUCCCCCUUGACUUAGCUUACCUUAUAUCCUUAGUACGGUUUCUUAACCAUCAGCUAUUGCUAUGAUACAGUACUUAGAAGGGAAGAAGGGAAGUGCUAUAAUUAUUGUAAUAAAGGAGAAAUUUAUCUUUGAAUUCUUUGAUAUGGAAAUUAAACCUUUUUGGAGAGACAGGUCAGUGCAGGAAACAACACUUCUGGAGAUGAGAAAGGUGUGAAUGAAACAAUGCUUGUAUAAUUAAGUCCUAUAUGACUUACAGUAUAUUUAUAGAGGGAUAUAAUUCUAUUUCACUUCUAGUUCCUACCUGUUGUAUUUCCCUUUGUAGGCAGAUUAUCAUAAACUCAUAGGUAUUGCUGCUGAACUAGUGGACUCACUGGAAGAUACAGUCCGUGGUAAAAUGGUAACCAACAGUUUUGUGACUAGUUUUGUCAAGUUUAAAGUUAAAUCAGUGAGGAGUGGAUUCAAAUCUCUAAGUAAGUGGGGUAGGGUGAGGCUGCUGUUCCAGACCCUAAGAUAAAAGAUGAACUAGCUGGCCUUGAAAUGUUUUUCUUGGCCAUGCAGGCCUCAGUUUAGCCUUAAAAUAAGUCCAUUGGGUCCACCUUUAUGUGGCUAAAUAUGCAUAUUUUUGUUGUAUCUGGUGUAACGGUUAAUUAAAAGUUCUAAUUUGGAAUUCUUUCUUAAAAUGAAAUGAAGCAUGAUUUAGUAUCAGCUCCUUUCAAAGCAACAUUCAAUUUUUCUAAUAAUCUCCCACAAUGUAGAUAUAAGCCUGCCACAUCGCCAAAUGCAUUACAUAUUAAGCACCAAGAUCUUACACUGUCACUGACACACAGUAAUGUAUCUUACUAAUUCGGUGAACAAAGUCAGUAGUGACCAAUUUUGUUGUUAUUUUGUUUUGGCCAGGUGACACCUGAGUAUCUUCAAAACAUUUGUGUUAGACUGUUUGCUCCCUCAAAUGGAGAAUCAGUUGACAUAAGCAAACCAGGGACGGUGAGCUGCAAUUAUAAAUAAAUAAUUUUGUAACUAAUUAAUGUAAUGUAUCUUCAUUUUUAGCCAUUUCUGAAAGCCCAGAAUAACUGCUCUUGAAAGAAAAGUAAUAUGCCUAAAGAAAGGAUGGAUGGAACAAUAUAUAACAAAAAUAUAAAAGGGAGACUAUCAUUACACAAUAAUGUUUGUCACUGGUAACUUAGGACAGUAAAUUAAUUACCACCUUGUGUAGUUUUUGAUCUAAUAUUAAGAAUUUGUUCCUUUUUUCAAGGCAAGUUCAAUACUGAGAGCAUCUUUGGCAUAUGAUGAGCUACCCAGGUUGGGUAUUAUUCUGCUGUUUAUAAAUGACAAUAGCUCAAGCCAUGAGAUCUAAAAUACCAUAUAAAGUCAUAGCCUUGUGCUGUUUAACUUGUCUCUAAGCUCUACAUGUAUGUCAUCACCAGCCCAACCAAUAGGAUGCAUAUGUUAACCUAAUGUUUUUAUGACCCAGCAUUAAUUUUUACAAUAGUUAAAAUGAAAAUCAGGUUCCAACUUUUUUAUGAACCUCUCCUAGCAAAUGUUUGCUCACAAACUUUUUAUCCCUGGUUCUGUCACCAGGACUUAAACCAAUUUUUACCUUGCAGUAUGUACUUUAGACACUGCCUUAAUAACAUUUGCCGCUGAGUCAGAAAAUUAUUACACUUCUUGUACUUAUUGCAAAAUUACUGUUAUUCCUCAAAGUCUUGAAACCAUCAAUAUUGCCACUAACAGUAAUUCAGCAGAUUUUUCACGUUUUUCAUUUAACAUUCAGACUUGCAGAAAGUGUUGAUAUUCCGUACAAGCCCUCUCUUGACUAUGACAAGAUAAAAACAGAUCUGCUUACUUUACCUGAGAGAAAGAGAGCAUUUCUUCUACAAGCCUUAAGAUGGGUAUGGUGUGAAAUUAUUGAACAGAACGAACAAGAUUUAUUUUUAUUUCUAAUUGAUUCUUAAUUAAUUCUUUCCUUCUCCUUAUUGUUUGACAGAAUCUUACCCAAGCCAUUACUAAUGAACAACGAGACAGCAUUGUUAAUACAUAUGUUGUCCAUGACAUUCUUGGCUGCUCUGUUGCUGGCCAUGUGAGGGUGAGAUGUAUUGAGUAUAUAUAUAUAUAUGCCUGUUGUAAUUUGCUCAGUCUGUGUAUUCUUUGUGUAUAUGUGUGUGUACCCCUUCUAUUUUUAGCACAAGUGUCAUGUGCAAUAUAUUUAACCAUCAACUGCUACAACUGCAAUUAUUAAAAGAAACAACUGCCAGUAAUGCUUGCAUAACAGUAUUCUCAGAUUGAGUGUGAUCCUUGUGAUCAUGAUGUGAUAGUGGAAGUAGAUCUUCUAAACAGCCAUCUGCAGCAGUUCCUCUAGGGAUUGUCAAUGCCAGUAACUAUUGUUCAUUUGUUUGUUUGUUUGCAUGUUGUUUUUUUUAUAGAAUGGAAUAUUAGAUAUUUUGACUUCCCCAAGUGAGAUGUCCAGACAGUAUUUGGCAAGGUUGUUUAAUGCCCUUGCAUCACUUUCAGCAGGUGAUUCAGCACUUAUCUAAUGACUAAUUUUAUUGUUAGCAAUAUUAAUAAUUAUUGAAAUUGUGAGGGUGAGUAUAAUAUCAAAGGUAAUAUACAACUAUCCCCCGAAGGGGAGAUGAAUAGUGGUGGAUAUAUACCAAGACGCAAAUUUACCAAAUCAGUUGGACAAAACUGAAAAAGGAACUUUUUGUAAAUUAAAAACAUCACUUAGUAGGAACUUUGUUGACAGUUUACAAACAUUUGGAGGAUUUUGUCCAGUGCAUUUUACGAUUUUGUUGCAAAUUCAGCAUGAAAAUAAUUUUCUACCUACCAGUGAACACUUACAAGCCAAAUUAAAGUUUGUCGUUUUCUUGGUAUUUGUUUUUUACAACUGCUUCAUGUAUUGCACAAAUGUUAUCUUCCAAAAAAUAUGUAUCAAAACAAGACGCCAUUUUGGCUCCAUUAGCAAAACAGUGAAUAACAAAGGAUAUUCCACGUUACAGAAACCAAUCAAAACGUGCAAAUAUUGUUCUUUAUUUCACUGAUUUGGUAAAUAUGAAUGAUUAUAAUUUGUGUAGAUUGAGGAAGCUGUUAUUUAAUUGGCCUGGGGGAUAACAACCUCCAGUCAAUGUUGUUUUGGUUCAGGUGUUGGAGACUACAGGUUUUUUUUUAGUAUUGGUAUUAUGUGCAUCAUGGCUUGAUGAUCUGUAAGUUGCAGUUUACGCAUUCAUAAAUCAAUGAUUGGUUCUCUUUCUUCACCUUGUUGAAAUUCAUGUGAUAAUUCCUGCAUUUCUUUUCCUUAUAGGUCGCUCUUACCUAGCACAAAACCCAUCCCUUGUAUAUGCCUUGCUGACAGCACUAAAAAAGGAACCUAAAACAUCUCUUACUAGUGAAAAUAUCUUGGGAACCUUGCAAAAACUUAGUCUUAGGUGAGCUUAAAUUGACUACUUAACAUGUACAUUAAGGAUGAGCUAAAAGACCUCAUGGCAAUGAAAGUGAAGAUAUGAAAUACGUCUAGCUUCCUUCAGGAAGGAUGCUGGCAUGGGGAAAUAUUGGGAUCAAAUUUUCACAGUAUUUCAGAGCUCCUUCAAAUUUGUUUAGAUAAGAAAGCUGUUCAAGAUAGUUCCACACUACAAGUUAUAUAUUUUUAAAGAAUCUGUUACUCACCUUGUAACCCACUGCAUAACUCAAGUUGAGAGGUGACUCACCAAAGUAGCAGCAGUCCCAGUGGAUACACAGGACUGAUGAAAUAAUAUGUUUUAUAAUGACUGUCAUACUUACAGUGGUUUACAAUGGCUCUGAAGUCUGUGUGAAGAUGACUCUCCCAUCUUAAUUGCUUAAAAGGGAUGAUAUCUGCACACAGGGUAUGACUUUGUUAUUAAUAACAAACAAAUGUUCCUUUUUUAGACGCCAAAUGCAGUCAAUCAUGAUUGAAGAAGAUUUGAUUCAGUGGUUGUCGCAGCUGUUGACAGAUCAUGACAACUUGUCAGAUUACUCUCUGGAAUACUCUGUUGCAUUGCUCAUGAACCUCUGCUUACGUUCUGCUGGUAAAUUUUUAAUAAUUCUAAAAUAAUGUUGCUUAGUUUAGUCAGAGUAGGAAGACCAAUGAUUCUUUUUAGUUGAUAUUAUUUCAAAUAAGUGUCACUGUUGUGUAUUUUUAAAAGCACUCAAAAGCUACCAGGUUCACUUCCAGUUAACGAAUCAAAUGGACUGGUUCUUGCGUUAGAAUCACCAUAUACUACUAAUUAGGUUGUAGUUUCAAAAUACAGCUUUGAAUUGCUUCUGAGAGAGAGAGAGAGUUGUGAUGGGCACUGUAUUUGGAGGCGGGCCAUGAACUCAGUUCCAUCCACUGCCCACCCUGUUUAUAAACCUGGCAUUUUCUCAGGAUGAUAAUAUAAAAUGUGCAAAGUAUGUAGUAAUAUUCAAACUAAUGCAUUUUCUUAGGAAAGAGGAGAUGUAUUAAUGAUGCUGCUCACAUCCUUCGUGUGCUAAGUGAUCUUUUAGGACAUGAGAAUCAAGAGGUAAGUUUAAUUCAAUAGCUAUAAAACCUGGUUUAUUUUGGUAAUGCAGGUCAGUGUUGACACAUUUUCUGUCUGCCAUCUUUCUGUAACCCUAUGAAUUACUCUUAACUAUUUUUAACUUGAUUGCAAAAGUCAUUAUCAUUUAUACUACAACAGAUUCGUCCGUAUGUGAAUGGGGCUUUGUAUAGUAUUCUGGCAUUACCAGCUGUGAAGGAGGAGGCAAGAGCCUUGGUAAGCUGCUGCUGUUGCUUUGCUAAUGAGUUAACCCUUAAAGGGCAUGGUCAAACAGGUGCCUGAUUAAAAAUAAUUAAGUUCUAAAAGUUCUUUUCUGACCCUGAAUCAUAGGCGUUUAAGUUUUCCUCAAAUUUGCAGAAGUAACAGGUUUUAGUUCCCCUUACAAUGUGUUACUUUUAUUGACAGCGGAUCUUGGUCAUAAAAAUAAUCUCUGAGAAUGCCAAGUCACUGAUUCACAGGAGGAUGUCCUAAUAUUCAUUUAAUUCUGUCAAUGAAGAUCGUAAAUGGACUUCUGUAUCUCCAAAAAGCAUUUUUUACGAGCUUUAAGUUACGCUUUUUGAUAAUUGCACAUUGAAUUCCCUCAUUGAAAACAGCUCUGAAAUGUGGCUCAUUGUAGUUUUUCCCAUAAAUGGAGAUGUACGUUUCAGGGACCAUCUUGAAGUGAUUGUUGCCACUGUUCAAUUCCUUCUUACAGGGAAUGGAAGAAAUCCUUGAGUGUUUCCUUAAAGAUGACAAUCCGGAUAUGACCAGACAGAUCCAAUUUAUCAUCAAACAGCUUAACUCUGGUUAGAACAUUAUAAUCCAUUACUCAAGUGCUUUAAUUGUAACCUUUAUAACGUACUGUUUCCGUGCGGGUAGCGGUUACUGCAGUGGUCUGUUUUUCUGAUACUGAUAUGAUCCCUGCCAGAUGUUGCAGUGCCCUGUGGGUUCCAGGCUCCGGGUCAUUUUGUGGAAAAGCAAGCGCGAGAAACAGAAAAGGUUCUGGAAUGUUUUUUUUUUUUUUAACUUAGAGCCUAGAACAGGCUAAAUGUUGUUGCGAAGAACAUGGUAGGUGCUUAAUACUCAUUGUCUAAGGUAGCCCGAGAUAAUUAAUCUCUAUCAAAACUGUUUGGUAUUUUUGCAGAUGAUCCAUCAGCCACAAAUACACCAGAAUCUGAUGAUGAAGAUGAGGAAGAUGAUGAUGAUGUGAGUUUAUAGGAUGAUCGUUUAUAGGAUGAUCAACGACUUACGGUCUGUACUCUUUUUCAUACUUAGCUAGCAAAAUAUGGAACUCUCUCCCAGACACUUACAAAACAUUAAAUUUUCUAGAAUUCAUGCAGGAGAUCCUCGGAUAGGAAGCUUUUCCGCAGUAGAUUUACAAGUUAUAUUUCCCUUUGCAUGCAUAAUGUUGUAUAUGGUUUAUAAAUAAUAUUGGAAUUGUAAUAUAGCAUAUUUUAUUUUAAUUUUAACUUAUUUUCUCGAAUACAUUAGCUCUACAGCUACUCUGUAAAUUUCGAGCAUAAGUAGAGUAUAUGUAUGUAUGUAUCGUGUGAUACUUAAGAUACUUCAGGAAAUUCGAGUAGCCUGUGGCCCUUCCAGUCACGUUCGCUCUUACAAAGGGUUAGCUACGCGCAGAUCGUCAGCCUCUAUCCCUCCACGGUGGUUAGUUUACUUCUAUUACCUACUGACUCAGUUGAUAAAACAAAAUUCUGGAACGUGGGGUACAUUUAUUUUAAUGAAAGAUUGUUUUAUUAAGUAAAGUUGUUAAAUUGUGUUUCAUACAGGAGGGCGACGCUAUUGAUGCAGAGUUAGAUAAACAAGAGAUUCUUUUGUCGACUGAAGGAGAACUGUGUGGAGAAGAGUUACUUAUUACUCAUUAUUCAAUGGUACUGUAAUUCAUUUAUUUCUUUGCCUGUUGUACGCUCAAAAACGUGUUUACCUCAGUAAAUGUUACAUAAACUAAUCUUAACAGUAUUUGAUGUUAGAUGGUAAAGUAUAGCGGUCAAAGUUCCCUCAAACCCGGGAUACCCUUGGGAAGCUAACAAACUGUUCGCAACAGGGUACUGGUUCAGAUUGUGGAAAUGGUUGCCUAAGACUUCAAACGGUGUUUUUACAAGUUAAGGCGGCUGUAAGUACCACUGUCCCCCACUUUCGCGAGUGUCCGUUAUCAAAACCUUGACCGUGGCAUGGUCUUUAAUCAACUGAUAAAAGACAUCUAUAUGUUAGACGGACUUAAGACGAAAUAAGAACUGGAUGUGUAACAAAUUAUCCAUCAUGUUUUGCGACACAAAACAACAAGAAAUCAGAAAGUUAUCUGUAUAUUAAACAAUUUUCGCUCUUAGAUUUUUCACUCUUUUUAAACAGAACAACAAACAAUCUGAUGAGCUGAAGAGCAAGAAAAAGGUACCUUACAGGUCAUUUCUCUUUUGAACACUGAAUAAAUGGCAAAAUAUAUGAGUUUUUUCGUUACAAAGUUAACUUUGCAAGUUACAAGGUUUCUUGCUUUUAAUGAUGAGGAAUGAACGAAAGGUUACCUUAAAAGAAAAUUAGUUUCUCAAGUAGAAGAAAUUAUCGAGCUACAUAAAGCUGGGCUUCGAGCUAGGUGUUGCAAGUAGACGAAAAACAGUCACGAUAUAGUCCAUUCAUUGCCAAGGCUUGUAAGGAAGGCUCCUUUCAGGACAGCCGUUGUUCUCGCUUACGGCUGCGAGACAGUUUUUGCGACGAGUCAAUGUAUCGUCGAGUUGAAGAUAAGCUUUUAAGAACUGUGGCCUUGUUAUGUAGAUCAAGAACCGUCGCUCGCAGAGAAUAUAUGUCUCCUGCCUAGUACACGAACGAAGCGAUGUACCGCCGCUGUUUCUAUUUUCAUCUGCUACAUUAUGAAAACUAACAAGUCAAGUGUUCAGAACUAAAAUUGGGCAAUAAUAAAAUAGUCCAUUUUUAAAAACACAUUGCUUUGGUUUUGCGUGUAACAUUAAAAAAAUUGUUGGCUUUGCGCUAUUUUAGGCAAAUUUACUACUAACUGCAAUAAAAAUAAAAAUCUUUUGUUCCUUUCUAGUUUUCAGGUGGUCGUGAUCAUCCCUUAACUAGGCCAACUACUCCAGGAAUAAGAACAUUAGAAUCAUUUCAAGGCGAGUAUUAUGAUAAUUACAAUAGCCAGUCCAAUAUUCAAUAUGAUGUAUAAUGUCAGUCAACAUGGACGAAACUGAUAACUAAAUAACUAACAGUCCAUUGUUUUAUUUUAUUAUCAGAACAUGUUUCCAGACCAACAACUUCAACAAUGGAGUCGUCACGGCCUGAACAGCAGGUGUGUGUUGGUCGGACUGUGCAUCAGUCGCUUCUAAAUUGCCCAGCAAACUUUAAUUCCCCUCUUGGCUCGUUCGCUCUCUCCAGUCCAACCGAGCCUUGAGUCGACUGGCUGAAAACUGGGGACUUCCCUUAUGUCUAUACCAAAAUCACUGGGUGACUCCAUAAACUGAACGGCUGUAAAGAUAUAUUGGCGUUUCCUUAAUUCAUUGAUAAUUGAAGAAGCUUUGCGUAGUCAUUGCAUUAAAUUUAGCUUUGAUGUUCUUCAAGGAUUUUUGCAGACUUAUGAAAUACUUGACAUGGUGCUUCAUCCCAUAUCCAGGUCAUUGGUAUGUCGGACAGCAGUGGAUGAUAAUGAUAGCUCAGUGUUUUGAUUGGUUUCAGGUGCGACCUUCAACGUCAUCUAAAUCAAGGAGGGCGCCUGAACCGACAUCAAAUGCAGCAGCAGCAGCAGGAGCAGACGGUGAAGCUUAAUUUAUUUAAAGAUUCGUUCCUUUUCACCGUAUAACUUGUGCACCACACUGAAUUAAUGUUAUUUCAAUGACUUGCAAUGUUUAUUUAAAAAUAGAGAUGGGAACAACUUGUAAAAAUGUUUCGUGCAUAUAUGUAUUUAAAAAGUGCACGUUGAAAAUAAGUGGCCUAAUUCAGGUCAUCGCAACUGAAAUUAUUAUUAUUAUUAUUAUUAUUAUCACUGUAGAAAAAAGCGAUUAAGCACCUUUUCUCAACCAGUCAGAAACAAACAAAUAAGGAAUUUUAGCUUAGUAGGACAAAAAGUUAUUUGAAUGCCCACGCCGUUUUUGGUUGCGACUAUGGUUGUAAUGAAUGACCCUUUGCAAAAAUGUUUACGCCCUCGACCAUCAACUGCGUCGUCAGUUAUAUUAGAUCUUUUGUGUAUCUCUGAUGGCAUGUGUUUGCGGCUUUUAGCCAUGCUGCACUCCGUAGGCCCAUUGUGGCCUAUUUCUCCGAAAUGAAAUUUUUUAUUAUGUCGACCAUAACCUGAUAUCUCUUUUCCUUUCAGAAAAACCUCGAAGUGCAGCGAAAGUGAGUUACUACUGCUUAAUAAUGGCUAGUGUUUGUCAAUGAUGUCUGUAUUUUGUUUAGUUAGUUUCAGUACAGGAGUAAGUAGUUGUAUAACAUUCCGUCUGAGAGUAGGCGACAACGUUAUCACUAAUUUCUGUUGUCCUUCUGAGGCGGCCGCUGAAGCACCAGCACAGCCGAAAAUAUCUCUAACAUGUUUGACAAUUCUAAUUGGACGAGUUCGGUAAUGCAAGCAUUACUCUCAUGACCGCCUGGUGAAAUAUAAUGAUUUAACAUUUGUUACUGCUAAUUUGUCUUUUCAUGUAAAGGGAACCGAGGUCACUGGGUCGGGCCAGGCCUCCCGGCUGCAUCCGUAAGUUCUUCUGCCAUUACCUGUAAUUUGCACUAUACUGGGUGUUUCAAAAGUUCGUUCCCAUUUUUUAUUCGCUUAAAUUUCACUAACUGUUAACAAAACCUUUUGUAAAACUUAGUAUGUUAUUCAUUAUUCAUUUAACAUUGAAUAACCAAAAUAUUAGUAAACAGAAUGUCUUCUUGUGUGUUUCUGACAUUUUCUAAGCAGUGAGGUAUAGAAUGUACGAGCUCCCAAAGCGUGUCCAAAGUCACAUUCUUCCAGGCGAAGCGUUGUCACUGUCUUAGCUCGUCCAGUGUUUUGGGGGCUGGAUCUUUGUAUGUUGUCUCGUCUACGAUAAUCCAGAUGGUCUCUAGGGGGUCAAAUCACGUGAGUUUGCCGGCCGGUCCUCCUUUGGUAUAAAGUUGGCAAAUCCUUCUGACACCAUGCUUGCAUGAAGUGUGCACCGCCUUUUUCUCUUCAAGGCUUUCCAACUUUUUUUAGUAACUUAUCCCCAUACCGUUGUGCUCGAAACUUUGAUCGAUCAUGUGAAGUUGAAACUUUUUUUACUUUUCUGUUUUGUGGAAUUAUUACGCAUAUACUUACAGCUUUUUCGAUAAUAUUUCUCACACAGUUUGUGAAAAAACGGCCAUCCACUCCUUGGCUUAUCUUCUAAGGUCUUUACUUUUGACCACUUGUUCGGUCAUCGUUCAGACUUCUUCAACAAUUUGGCAAUUUUUUUUGGACUGAAUUGCCAGAAGACCAUAAAAAUAGAUGCCUGAGCUCUAGCACAAACAGUGCAGGCCUUCAUUUUCAUGAAGGAGUAGAGAAAAUAAAAGAAAACGUUAAAAAUACCAAAAUAGAAAACCUACAAAGUGGGCAGGAAAAGUAUGGCGGGAAAAAACUCGCGUGCGUGUACAGUUGGGGCAAAAAUUAAAAAAAUAUAUAAUUUCUUCAAAUUUUAGUUUAAAAUUGCUUUGAACGGUUAUUUAGAUAAAUUUCUUACCUGAAACAGUUUACAUUCGCCUAAAGAAGCAUUAAAUGCUUGGCGCAAAAUACAAUUUACAAUUGGAACGAACUUUUGAAAUACCCUGUAUAUCGGUAUCUUGUGUAUAUUUCAUAUCAGUGUUAUUUGCUGUAAGGCGUCAUGAUAAUGUCUUCGUUUUAGGAGCGAUGUUGAAAAGGCUUUUGUGUCAAGGCCCAAAAUCCCUCGCACUCCUGAUCCAAGACCAAGAACUGGUACCCCACCCCCACUUGGAAGAUCAGCAUCUCCCCCAAGACCCACCUCAAAAGAAAGCAGGCCUGCAGGUACGUUUUGUUAGUGUGGCUUCCACGUUGUUGUCAACUUCAGAAGUUUCGGUCGGAAGGAGUUGAAAAUGAUGCUGAAAUAAAGGAUUACCAUACACUCCAUUCUAAACCAACUGUCGAGAAAACGUGGAAUUUAGAAUAAUUAGUUAUGUCGGGUGAAAAAUACCGCAUAAAAAUAAAAAUAUGUUUACCAUAUACCAAAAUUUCUAGCCGACCCUGAUAACAGCGAGGAUCACAUCUUUACUGGUUUUUAUUCAUUUUUGUUUAUCUGCAGCUCAAAUGUAAUUUGCAUCGUUUAUUACCCUCACUGUUCAUUUUUUUGUCAAUUCAGGGACCUCGUCGUCAAGAAAAAGCAGUGGCUCAAAAAAUCAGCAAAAGACGGGGUCAAGAUAGCUAUCAAGAGCCAAAGAUUUAAACAUGAAAGGAGGCUAAUGCUAAUGGCGGCAAAAUGGCUGACUCACCAAAAGAAAAACUUUCUGAUUGUUGUAAAGAAAUAGGAAAGGCGGUUUCACGCCACAAAUAUUGCUAUCUGUCACCGCUGUCCAGUCACCAUUAUUCCCCAUUAUUUGCAACUUGCCUGGGGCACGAAACAUCUUUCUCCCGGAGCGGUUUCAUACAAUUUCAGUCAUAAAGCAUAUUCUUUUGAGUAGACAAUAAGCCAAAUAAAAGAAAUACGGUAUACAGGAUUUUCAUAUGGAAAGCAGAGUUUUGGAGGUAUUCUAUCAGUUUAUCGAUAAAAUUUUAAUAAUAAGAAGUCCUCUAGAAUUUUUCUUAAUUCAUAAGAUGUAUAAUUUUUUUUAUGUUCCUGCAAUUGUUAACCGAUUUAAGUCCCUGAAUGUAGCAUUUAUUAAUACAGUCAGCCUUUUUUAUUUCAGGUUAAAGCUGUAAACUUAGUUAGUUUUCUUAAUUAAAUCUUCAACAAA